AUGGCUGGAGAAUGGGAGUGCAAUGUUUGUAAAAAAACGUACUCGUGUAGAAAAAAUUUGAAUACACACAUGCACGCUCAUGCGGAGGAGCCGCAGUUUGAAUGCGAAAUCUGCUUACGCAGGUUUACAUUCCAAACUAAUCUUUAUGAGCACAAGUCAGUGCACACGGGCAAAAUGUUUGCAUGUCCAUUCCGAAACUGCACAAAAACAUGCCGCUUGAAGGGAAAUCUCAAAAAGCACAUGAAAGUUCACUGCAAAAGUGUUAGGAAAUUGGAUGAAGAAUACAAGAAUUUCACUAUGUCUCUGAAGGAGAAGAAGAAACAGAGAAAACAAAAGAGGCAGCAGAAAAGAAAGCAACUAUCGGAAGCUGUGGAAAAUCACUUGGAAAUCGAUAAACCAGACAAUCUUCCCGAAAAUGAUGAUGCUCAUGAGCCACGAACUGACAACGUCAGGGAGGAGGACUCUCCAAGCACAAGCAACAAUCAGGCAACUGCCAAUGAACCGGAUCAUGAAGAUCUCGGUCCAUCCCGCAAAAGAGAAAGGAAGGAUCAGAGCCAACCACAGGAUGAGACUGUCGCCAAAAAACCAUCGAGUUCGGGAGAUAACAACGAUUCUCCAUCCGGAUCGGAAGCACUUGAGCACUCUCCAAGCACAAGCAGCAAUCAGAAAAUUGUCGGAAAACCACAACCGGAGCAAGACCUCGGUCCUGAACGCAAGAGAGGAAGAAUGGAUGACAGCAAACCGAAGGAGGAGACAAUCGCCGACAAACCAUCAACAAGCUCACAAUCUGGAGACAGCUGUGAGGCUCCAUCCGACUUGGGUUCCAAUCUCUCAUGUUGCGGUUUGGAACGUCUCCUCCGUUACAGUAUCCCAGUCAGGCACUGUAAAGAAAACGACACAUGCCGGAUUCUGAAAGGAGAUGAGUACAUGUGCCGGAAAAGCAAACCAGAGGCCGACAACAUUUGCCUCGAUUGCUUCGCUCGAGCUAACGUGAAAAACCAAAAUCUGUGGAUGAAAAAAGUAAAUUUGAACGAGAAGGUCGAAGAGACUGUGGACUGCUUGGAGUGCGGAGAGUCGUCUCACAAAGUUUGUGUGUUCCACUUCAAAGAGACUCCAUUCGUGUGUGGAAACUGUAGUGGAGAGCCAGGAUUCAAGAAAAUCAUCGAAACGGAUACGAGCUGCGAGAUCGAUGCGUUUCUUGCUGAGAAGGCCAACAAUCAGCUGGAAGACAAGAAUGCAAAAAUAUCGGUUGCCAGCUACACCACAGCAAAAUCGACGACCACCAAGGAACUGAUGCCGGUCCUGUAUCUGAAGGAUGCCAAGAAGAAGUAUGGCAGUAAGAUUGAUUAUGUGGCACGCGCCAUCUACUUUUUCCAAAUAGUCGAUAACAUUAGUAUCGCAUUUUUUGGACUUUUUACGCAAGAAUACCAAGAUCUUGGCGGAAAAAGUUGGUGCGUAAUCGAUUAUUUGGACUCGGUUCCCUGGAUGAAAGUCUCCUCGAAGUCACCAUCCAAAAUCUACUUGGAGCUGAUUUUGGCGUACUUUGAGUACAUGGGACUAAAAGGAUUCAAGAAUGGCCAUCUCUGGGCAAAUCCUCCUGUCAAAGGAGUGGACUACAUCUUCAAUAUCCACCCGGAGACCCAGAGAUACCUGGACAAAGUUCAACUGAUUGGAUGGUACCACAAGAUACUCCAGCAAGGAGAACGUGCCAGAGUGCUCGCUGGAUAUCGAAACUUUGAAGAAGAAUUCAAGAAGGGAGAAAUCAAGCACCCAAUCGAUCUCCCUGUAUUUGUCGAUUCUUUGUGGUGCAAAAUUCUGAAAUGGGUCAACGACGAAUUGAAGACUGAUGAGUUCGAUGAUGAGCAUUUCAAAGAAAAGCUUGAAGACGAGUAUAAGGAACGAGCGGAGGACAACUUCUUCUUCGAGUUGCGUGGAAGUCAACUUCAACAGCCAACCCCACUCCAGUCAAAGGAAUUCAACCCUCACAAGAUCCUGGGGGAUCGCGAAACUUUUCUGGACAAGUGCUUCGUUGAAAACUGGGAAUUUUCGAGCCUCCGCAGAGCCAAGUAUUCGUCAGUGGGAAUCAUCAAAUUGAUUGAAGGUGCGAGAGAGGAACGAGAUGCCAAUGGUUCAAUGGAAGACUGA